CACAGUAAGUGAAUACUGAAUAGUGAGUUAAAUCAUCUUCUCGCAAGUCUCAUAUCAUGGCUCAACAAUCCACUAAACGACCCUUGAAAAUCAUCGCCGGCGCCGAUUCCUUCGGCUGCAACCUCAAAGACGUCUUAGUCUCUCAACUCCGUGCACUAAACAUCCAAGUUGAAGACCUCGGAACAGACAAAUACUACUCUGUCGGCGAAGAAAUCGGCCGCCGAGUUAGUCAAGCCGCUGAUGACCCCGCCGUUGAAACUCGAGGACUCCUCGCAUGUGGUACCGGCGUUGGAGUCGCUAUUUUCGCUAACAAGUUCCCCGGUGUCUAUGCCGCCACGUGUCUUAACACGGAUGAAGCCCGGAAUGCUCGUUCCAUCAAUAAUUGCAACGUUCUCGCUGUUUCCGGUAUGAAUACCACGCCGGAGGUAGCUUCCGACGUUCUCAAGACGUUUCUGGAAACACCGUUUAAGUCUCCUUGCCCCGCUUCUGGAUCUAACCCAUGGCCCGACGAGAUCGACCAAUUUUUAGAAAAUUCAAUCCACGAAAUGAACAAAAUCGGUACUCCUAAACCAGUGGAAUCCUCUAGUGAUUGCCAUCUUUGUUCAUUGGUGAAGUCUAGAGAGUUCAAUGCUGUGGAUAUAAUGCCUGGUGGUUCAAUUUCUAUAGUGAGGGAAAGUCCUACUUCAGCAUUUGUGCGUUUCACUGCGGGGAGCGUCGAGCCGGCGCAUCAUCAUACAUUCGGGCAUGAUCUUGUGGUGUUGAAAGGUAGUAAAAGGGUUUGGAAUUUGAGUAAAGGGGAGAGAUAUGAUUUGGGUAUUGGGGAUUACUUGUUUACUCAAGCUGGGGAUGUGCAUAGAGUGAAAUAUUUUGAAGAUACAGAGUUCUUUAUCAAGUGGGAAGGACAGUGGGAUUUGUUCCUGGAUGAGGAUCAUGCUGCUGCCAAUGCUGCCAUUGAUAAGGAGAAGGAGAACUCAUUAAUCCCAACAAACAAGUAAGGUGUACAGAUCGAAUGGUGGCAUAUGCGUAUGAUAUUCACGACUAAGAUAUAUGAGCGCUCUAUCAAGGAAAUGGUCUUCUCCAGCUUGAUGCAAAUAUUGUAAUGGCAGUAUAUAUGUUCGUUUUUUUGUUUUGUUUUGUUUUCGACUAUGAACCUGCAUGUUAGGAGUUCAUGGUUGCUAUGAUAUAUGUAAUACUACUACUUUAUGAACUUUACUUUUAAUUCUCCUGUGUAUAUUAUGAGUUGCAAUGAUUUAAUUGGAGUCAGGGAUAUAAAUAAACUUUUCUUUAACCUUAUACUA